AUGAAUUAAUUUAAUAAAGAAGAGUAUUUAUUUUUAGCUAAAAUUGCAUAAUAAACAGAACGAUUUAAUGAUAUGAUUGAAUUUAUUAAAUUAGUAGAUGAUAUUGAACUUACUAAAGAAGAGCGUAAUACACUCUAAUCUGCAUACAAUAAUGUGGUAUUUAUAAAUCUUUUAUCAAUAUAAGAUUGGAAUAAAAAGAGCAGAAUUAAGGGUUUUAUAGGAAAUUGAAGAAAGAGAAUCUAAUAGAUAAAGUGAUGGAUAAGUUUUAUUAUAUAUAAAAAAUUAUCAAAUGAAAAUAGAGAAUGAGUUACAAUAGAAAUGUUAGGAGAUAAUAAUUUUGGUUAGAGAUAAAUUAUUAUCGAAUGCAAAAUAAGCUGAAAGCAAAGUGUUUUAUUUAAAAAUGAUAGGAGAUUAUAAUAGAUAUUUAGCAGAAUUUCAAUUAGAAAAUGAUCAACAUAAUUCAGUUGAUUAAGCAAAAGAAGCAUAUAAGUAUUAAUUAUUUAGAUUUAGAGAAGCAGUACUAAUGGCAUAGAGUAAAUUAUCACCUACAUUGCCACUAUAUUUAAGAUUAAUGUUAAAUACUUCUGUAUUUAUUUGUGAUAUAUUAUCUGAUGUUGAAGGUGCAAGAGAAUUGGCAAAAGAAUCUUUUGAGAAGGGCAUAUUAUUUUUAGAUCAUGUAAAAGAAGAGAAUAUAAAAGAUUAUUAAUGUUUAUUAUAAUUAUUAAGUGAUAAUAUUCAAUUAUGGGAAUAGGAAAUAAAUUUAGAAAUGAAUAUAUUAAAUUAAUAAUGAAUAAAUUUAGUAGAGAAGAAUUUUUAUUCUUAGCUAGAAUAGCAUAACAAACAGAACGAUUUAAUGAUAUGAUUGAGUUUAUUAAACAUUUCUUGGAUUAAGAAUUAAAUAAAGAAGAAAGAAGCAUAUUAUCAGCAGCAUAUAAAAAUGUGGUAUCUAUCUAAUUCCAUAUUUAUAUAUAUAGGUGGGUAAUAAGAGAGCAGAAUUAAGAGUAUUAACUGCUAUUGAAUAAAAAGAGUCUAGAAAACAAACUGAUCAAUAUACUUUAAAUUAUAUUAGAAAUUACAAACAUAAAAUAGAAGGAGAACUUAAAAAUUCAUGUUCUGAAAUUCUUAAUCUAAUUGAUAGUACUCUAUAUCCAAAUUCAAAAUAAGUUGAUAGCAAAGUGUUUUAUUUAAAAAUGAAAGCUGAUUAUAAUAGAUAUUUAGCAGAAUUCUUAUUAGAUAAUGAAUAUCAUGCUGCUGUUGAGUAAGCAACAUAAGCUUAUAAGUAAUUCUUUACUUAUAAUUAUUUAGAGAAGCAGAUGUACUUGCUAAAUCCAAUUUAUCAACUACAUCUCCAAUUAGAUUAGGAUUACAUCUCAAUUAAUCAGUAUUUUAUUAUGAAAUCUUAUAAAAUGCAGCAGAAGCUAUUAGAAUUGCUAAUGAAGCAUUUGAAUAAGCUAUUGCUUAAGUAGAUACUGUUAAUGAGGAGAAUUAUAAAGAUUGCACUCUCAUCAUGUAAUUAUUAAGAGAUAAUUUAACUUUAUGGAAUAAUCCUGAAGAAGAAGCUAAUGAUGAUUAAUGA